AAAACGCCUCUGCAAACAUACCCUGUCUCUCCUCUAUAUCUGCUUCUCUCUUUCUCUCUCUCACGCUGUCCUUCACUCCCAUGCGCACACUCGCUCACUUCAUCCUCUCUUCCUCUUUGCUGCCUCUGCCAUCCCUCAUUCUCUUCAUUACUGAGUGCAACUCUGUCCACCAGACAAUGGGAUCGACUUUUGGGGAGAGUGUGUGAGCGCGUUCGCAUGCAUGCGCGUGCGUGUGUGAGAGUGCGUAUGCAUGUGAGUGAGACUGAGCGGAUGUGGGAUCUGUGUGAAAGAGCUUUCCUGCCAGCCCACCGGAUCCAGUGAGCCAGCUUAGCAAGCCAGGCGUGCACGGAGCUGGGCAAGUGUGUGAGAGCGUGUACAUGUGGGUCUCUUUCACCCUCACACGCUGCUCCACACGCUUGGGAUCCUAGGGCUUGGCGCCUUUCCCCCGGGACCCCCCUGCACCCCUCUGUCUGUCUCUCUCUCUGCGGUCUCCUCUUCUCCAGCAGUCACCAUUUCGGCUCCCGGCAGACCCACGCUGGCUGCCCAGCCACUCCCGCGCCUCAGCCUGGGCAGGAAGACCCUGGUGGCGGCCGCCGUAGGGGUCAUGCUGGUGCUGGUGCUGGUGGUGCUCAUCCCCGUGCUGGUCAGCUCCGUGAGCAAUGACAACAGCCACUAUGAGAUGCUGGGCACCUGUCGAAUGGUGUGCGACCCGUACCAGAACAAGGGCACCAGCACGGGCAUUGCCAGCACUGGCUCUUCUGUGCAGGCCGAGGCCGAGGCUCUGGCCGACCACAGCAACAUGCCUCCACCCUCCACGCUCCUCCAGGGGCCACAGGGGAAGCCGGGCCGACCAGGCAAACCCGGACCUCCGGGGCCACCAGGGGAGCCAGGGCCCCCGGGUCCGAUGGGGCCCCCGGGGGACCGGGGGGACAGGGGCCGAAGCGGGGUUCUGAGUCUGGGCAAUGAUGGAGCUAUCAGCACGGUUACAUACAACACUCACCCACGGGUGGCUUUCUACGCGGGACUGAAGAACCCACACGAGGGCUAUGAGAUCCUCAAGUUUGACGACGUGGUCACCAACCUCGGCAACAACUAUGAUGGCACUUCGGGCAAGUUCAUCUGCAGCGUGCCGGGCACAUAUUUCUUCAUCUACCACGUCCUAAUGAGAGGAGGUGAUGGAACCAGCAUGUGGGCUGACCUGUGCAAGAACGGACAGGUGCGAGCCAGCGCGAUCGCUCAAGAUGCUGAUCAGAACUAUGACUACGCCUCAAACAGUGUGAUUCUGCAUCUAGACGCUGGCGAUGAAGUCUACAUCAAACUGGAUGGCGGCAAAGCCCAUGGGGGCAACAACAACAAAUACAGCACAUUCUCUGGCUUCAUUCUUUACGCCGACUGAAUAUGUGAUCGCAGAGGAAAAGCAGCUGGAAAGAAAGAAAUAUAGCGAAAGGAAAGUGGAAGUGAAGGAAGGAGCAUUUAACAUCCCAGCGCUUUAUUUUACCAGGAUCUCUCCAUUGCUUCAGCACACAUUUUUACAGAAAGAGACUCAGUGGAACGAGGGUUCAGUAGCUUCUCGUUGAAUCACCUUAUUGAUUGAUAAAAAGACAAGGAAAUAAAGUGAUAAAAGUGACGUUUUUCUCUUUCGGUGUUGAAAGGGCAUUAAGACUCUUAGAGUGACUGGCAGAGAUCUUUAACCUCAUCCUCAUGUGAUUUUCCUCAGUAAAACUCGUUUUGCCCACAGAUAUCUAAUGUUAAAAAUAUCCAUGACAACCUGUGGGAAAAAGUAUGAUACUUUUGAAGGAUAUGUGAAUCUGAUGACAACUUAUGUAUUCAUAUAAUUCUAAGGCUUGUGUCCGAUUUCUCCUUACCUCUAUACUGGACACAGCACCCCCUGUUGGCUAUUGUUGGUAACUGGUUUCCAUCUGCAUUCUUUUCGUAUGUGUUGUACUCUGUUGGGACUGCAGUAGCUGAUGAGCAUUGUGAAUGAAUGCCAUUCCUUACAAGCACUUGAUACUCAAUUUAGACAAUUGGUACUCUGCUACUCCUGCUUCCCACGACACCUUUCCUUCCCUGUCAAUUAGCACUCGACCCUAAUCUCGCUCCUCUCAGUCACCUCCUGCCCCUCCAGAAACACCAGAUGACUUAUAAUAGUCUAAACUAUUUUUUUUGUUGUUGUUUUUGAAAGAGACGGCUUAAAGGAUGCUUAUGUAUGUUUUAGUGUUAGUUAACUUACUGUAGAAAGAAUGGAGAGCCUGUGAUGAACACAUAAACAGGAUAUUUUUCUGAAGCUAAAUGUAAAAAAUACAAAAAAAAAAUUCAAAUAAAAAUAUAACAACUGAGUUUGGCAAAUAUUCUUCGCUAUUUUAAAAUAUAAAUUAUAAAAUUAUUAACUAUAAGCCACAGUAUUACUAUUUCAUAACAAUUAUUAUUUAUAAUCUGAACAUUACGGAGAAUUUCAGAUGUCAGAAGUGAUGGCUUAAAAACGUAUUGAUUUUGAAGAGGGCUGGAGGAUGAGUUGAGGUGCUUUUGAGGGGGUUCACUUAUCACUCAAUCAUUCCUGCUAACAAAUGCAACAACAUGCAGUGCGAAUAUUUACAAGGUAAUAUUUGAUUCCGGUGGGACGAAUGAAUGUGAGAAAAUGAGGUUUAUUUGUAAGUGUGCAUGUGUGUUUGCGAGUGUGAGUGUGUGUGUGUAUCUGUACCAACACCAGAGCAUGAACUACAGUAUAUUUAGUCUUUGCCACAUUAUUGGUUUGAGAAAUGUUCUAUGCUUUAGCUGGUCAAAGAUGUGAUAUAGAGCCAAUGAGAUUGCAUCAGACACGUUUAGCUAAGCCUCUACAGAGAAGAUAUAAAAGAAACAAUAAAGCUGUAAAUUAAAUAAAUCUAUGCUAUGUUUGUCAGUCCUACUCUAUCUUUUGGAAAUGUUGAAUAAAUUUAAAUAACAAAUGGGAUCUUUGGAGUCGUUUGU